UCCCGUCCCGCCCGUUCCGGCCCGGCGCCAUCAUGUCGGUGUUCCACGACGAGGUGGAGAUCGAGGACUUCGAGUAUGACGCGGAGAGCGGCACGUACAGCUACCCCUGCCCCUGCGGGGACCGCUUCCUCAUCACACGGGAGGACCUGGAGAACGGCGAGGAUGUGGCCACCUGCCCCAGCUGCUCCCUCAUCCUGCGUGUCAUCUACGACCAGGAACAGUUCAUGCGUGAUGAAGUCAUUGCAGAACCUUUGACAAACAAGGAACUGAUCAAGUGCUGACGAACGCAUCGUGAACUGUUGCUGCUUUAGGAUAAGAAAUUAUGGGAAUGACAACUUUAGGAAGAGACGUGGUGCUCCGCCUGGAAGUUCUUGCUGCUGUGAGAAAUGAGUGCAAUAAGUUGCUGUCGUAAUGACACAAAUAAGAAUUUUCUGGGACAUGAACGUGAACGGGUUUUAUUCUAAAAUGUUACACAUUUUAAGAAAUUAAUAGUUGGGUUACAUAUUCUGGAAGACUUGGAAUAUGAUCCUGAUUGACUUCAAAUCAGUAUUCAGAAGUGUGCACAGUUGUCCUAAAGCAACAGUACAGUUGGAUAUGGUAGAGAGCGGUGAGCAUAUAUGAGGGCAAAAUGGCACAGAGAGACGAAAUGUUGGGAGACAAAAUGUGAAGGUCUGUGGGGCAUCGUGCCAUAUAGAAUUACUGUGUUGGUGCAGCUCGGUGUCACCUCGGAAGUGGACCCUCGUGCUUCCAGCCUGUGCUGAGUUUAGGAAGAACAGGAGGCCCAGAACCACUGCUGCUGGUAAAUUGUUUUCGCUACUGCAAGCGCAAAGAAGGCGCAGCACGUGGAUUGAAGCAGAUCUGUUUGAUAAAUUGCAGUUGCUUAGAAACAGCUUUGGUAGCUGUAUUAACUGGAUAUCUGAAAUAACAAUACACUCUUGUUCCGUGAAAUGAAACAGAAGGAGUCCAAGUCUUCUACUCCUCAAAGCUAGUAAUGUGCAAAUGGACUUGAACUCAAAAAUGGAUUUUAAUAUACCCGUAUUUUCUCAGUGAUUUGACUGUUGCAGCAAAUGUGAAAUAGGCUGCAGUUCUCUGUCUCAUUUAUAGUAGUGCACUUCCUGAAUUUUUCGGUCUCGCUUUGUCAAGGUUCUGUCACUUCCUGGAUAAGAGAUGCCCACAGUUCGCUUGAUUUAUUAAUAAAAAGGAAUCUAAGAUAGAAAAGAAUUGGAAGAAUAUACUUUGAAGUACCUUGAUUCCAAGGCUACUGCUUGUAUUACAGGCCACUGCAUAUAAGUAUUUAUUGAAAAUAACGAUCAUUCAUAUGUUCUGUUGGAUUUGACAUCUGUGAAUUUGGGGGAAAAGAUUUGUGCAGCGUUUAUAUAAUUAUUUCACUCCAGGCGCUAGAGAUAAACAAGUCUUACUAAUAUCUUUCUUCUAAUUAUUUUUGUUCUUACAACGUUCUGUGAAUGUUGGAAAUGAACAUUCUAGUUAUUUAAAAACAAACAAACCCUACGCCCUGCAGCUAGAAGUUCUGAAGGCACCAUGCACAACCCGAAGUGUUUUUGUGCCGAAACCAGCAGGUGGCACUCGUGUCACUUAAAUACCUGGGCUUCAGAAAAUGCUGUGGUAACUGGUUAGCUAUUUCUUAGCGAAUAUUUAUUUUGACUGUUAUUUAAAUAAAGAUUCUUGAAAUU